AUGAGUCACCGCGACCUCGGCCCAGAGCAGAAGAAGGAACAGGGGGUAUUGGUGCUGUCUUUAUGGGCUGUAAUACAAUGUUCGCCUUAUGACGACGGGAAGUACCAUCCAAAGAAAUACAGGGUAUACGACGAUGGAGGGUACUACAGACCUUUAGACGAAGGCAAGUAUGUUCCCGGAGAUGAGGGAAAAUAUACGUACAUUUACCAACAAGGUUUAUAUCCAGAAGAUGAUGGCGACUACAGAUACGUACACCAAGUGGGACCAAAUGGCGGAUUUGGGGGUAACGGUGGCUAUGGAGGUAACGGUGGAAAUGGAGGAAACGGGGGCUACGGAGGAAAUGGAGGUUAUGGAGGAAAUGGAGGUUUUGGACCAAACGGCCCUAAUGGUCCUAAUGGACCCUAUGGUCCUAAAGGCCCACCCGGUCCACCUGGUCCGCCCGGCCCACCCGGCCCUCCAGGUUCUGGUGGCCGAAGAGGAAACCCAAUCGAUUACAUCGGCUCAAAAACAUAUGCUCACAGAUAUCCCUACAUUCAUAAAGUCAUUAAGGGAUUGGUAGACAAAUAUGUGUCAGACGAGGCUGUCAACUUCGGAGAUGAAUAUGAAGGAAGCACAAACCACUACAGGAAGGUGUAUGCUGAUAAGGAGAUUGCAGUGAAGUGCAGAUAUUUGGAACCAACUUAUAAUCAAACGGAGUUUGUGACCCAAUAUCCACCAACACUGAAGCUCCCUCAUGGCGAAAAAUUCGGUUCCUACUACAGUUUUAGAGGCACUAAAGUUCUAAAUACCGUAAAGAAUUCCCUAACAAAUAAAGUGAAGUUGGAGUACGAAGUAUUUUUCAUUGUCUUGGCCUUGACUGCUGUCAGCUUUUCUCAAGCUGAUGUGAGUCACUUGGUGAACGAUGGUCGGUAUCAUCCUGAACUCUACGGAGGAUACGAUGGAAGAUACCUGGCGGAAAGGAACGGCAAAUACGGUUCGAUCUACAACGCGUAUCAACCACGGUACUAUCAGGCGCUAAGUCGAGAGCUUUUGACACCCGUAGUAAGCGACAGCGCUGAGCACGUGGCUCUGCCUACAUCAGCAGUGACGUACCGCACUCCAUUUGCUCCAUCGACUUACCGUCCUUUCGUUUACUCUACGCCACGGCCGUUCGCUUUAAGCACCCAGGCUCCAGUCUACCAGAAGUCAGUCACUGAAAAGUCACCUGUAACUUACCAGAAGUCUGUCUCUCAGAAGGCUCCUGUAGCAGUUUACCACAAAUCUGUCUCCGAUGCUGCUGCAACUAUUCUAAGAGAAGACAGGACCUACGAUGAAAACAAUUACCACUACGCAUACGAAACCAACAACGGCAUUGCUGCCGAAGAGUCCGGCAUUGUUGACGCUUCUCACAAUGGAGUCGGUGGAGGUACCAGGGUUAAGGGAUUCUACGAAUACAUAGGCGAUGACGGUCUCAAAUACAGAGUAGACUACAUCGCCGACGAGAAUGGUUUCAGAGCUAGCGGAGCUCAUCUGCCCAAAGCUCCUUAA